CAGGAUGGAGAAAAUUCGAGCUACUUCAAGCUGCUCAUUAGACAGCACUAUAAUCGAUUAUUGUUCCGGGUUAGAUUAAACAUUAUGUAGCCUGACAGCAACGUUCAUAAAAUCUCCUGGCCAAAUUUAGGCGCAUUCUUUAGCCACAUUUAGUAUUAAAUUAAAAACAGCCCAGGCUCUAAUUUCUUUUUACGAAAAAAUGAUUUGUCUACACCUGAGUAGUAAUUUAAGAUAACAAAGUAACUGAUGGAUCUCUACUGAUGUUUGACGACGCAGAUCUUGUCGAAAUCGGAAUCACAGCCAAAGGUCCACGGAAGAUAAUACUUGCCUCAAUCGAAAAGAUACGCACCACUUGUGAUUCGCAGCUUGCUUCAAUGGAAAUCGAAAAAACUCCUGAAGAGCUGCUAAGAGAUGUUCUAAUACAAGACCCGAAAUUUCGUUGCUUUGUUUACGACGAACUGGAUCGCAACAUAGUACCCUGCGAAAAAAAUUUGCGUUUGAUGGUCCGGAUUUUAUGUCAACGGUUUGAGAAAAUAAUUUACGACAAAAAAGGAUAUCCAUCUUCGAAUGAGCAGUGGAUAUUGGCCAAACAGAUUAUCAGAGCAUUUCCGCAACUAGCAAACACACGGACUAGCGAGAAUGCUCCAGAUGAGUCUGCUUUUUUCUGGUGGCACAGUGGCAAAUCUACGGGUCAGCAUAGCGGCUAUAUCUUCCACAGAGUGCGUAACAUAAUCAAAGGAUUGCCGAAGGAAAUGAAAAAGUAUAAACGACCGGAUAUUACCAACAAAGCACAAAAUUCUGUUCCUACCGCGCUUGUACAACGAGCUACUGAUUUGGCAGAGCUUUAUCCGGAUUCUCAAAACAACGCCGAAAUAACUCGAGGAAUGGAAGAAUGUUUUCCUCUUCACCAACUUUUGUUGAAAGAGCAAAAGUCGGUGAAAGAUAUGCUAUCUACACUGCCACAUUUGGCUUCAUAUAAUGGCACUAUGAUACAUGACGCGUUUUACCGAUUGAAUCCCACAGCUCCGAAGCAACUAGAGUUGGCAUCCAUUUUGGGAAGAGGGCUUUUGUUGACACCAGGGAUUUUUAAAGAAGUUGAAGAUGUGCACGUUAGAGGAGCUUUACGGAUUUAUGCAAAGCUACAUCGAAAAGGUGUGAAACAUUCGGAGUCAGAAAUAAAUAAUCCUAUGAGCGCUGAAGUUAUAUUCGCUGCGCCACUGGUGAAAUGGACACAGGAUAUCAACGAGCACAUCAAAGAAGCUUAUGACGAUCCGCAUAUCGCCUGUGUGGCGGACACGUUCAAAACAGGCUUGUACCAUAUUGUAUUUCAGGACGUUAUUCUUUGGACGAACGAUUCAUUUGUCAAUUCGCUUGAUGUAUUUUGGAAAUGUUUCCAUGUAUUCGGACGAAAAGUGCCCAACAAUCUGCAAAAGUAUCAAGACGUUUUCUCUGUUCUGUUAUAUAACACUCUUCAGAACAGCUCCCGGAAGUGCGUUAACGAAGUUUGUGCAAACUUAAAGGAGGCCAUUGCAGCCGAGAAAAUGUAACACCAUUGCUUGUUUAUUACACUAUUUACCAUUGCUUGUUUAUUACUACCAUUUGCGUCAAUAGAUUGACACGUUGUGAAACGAUAUGUAUCACUAAUGAAUGCGCUAAUUCGAUUUGAUUAAAUAUUAUUUUGAAAUAAACAAA